GGGCGGGCCCACUGCCGACGUAAUCACCCGGCAUUUGCCAACAUGGAAGGUGGGGACCGCGGCGUCGCUGUGGCUAGCCGUGGGGCUCUGGGUUCUGAGGCGGCUGCAGCGACAGUCCGGGAGAUUCUGCAGGACGAGUGUUACAGUGAUUUUUUAAAUGAAGACUUUGAUGUAAAGACUUAUACUUCCCAAUCUAUUCAUCAAGCUGUAAUUGCUGAACAACUAGCAAAACUUGCCCAAGGAAUCAGUCAGUUGGAUAAAGAACUACACCUACAGGUUGUUGCAAGACAUGAAGAUUUACUGGCACAAGCAACUGGGAUUGAGUCUUUGGAAGGUGUUCUUCAGAUGAUGCAGACAAGAAUUGGGGCUUUACAGGGAGCUGUUGAUAGGAUGAAAGCAAAAAUUGUUGAGCCAUAUAAUAAAAUAGUCUCCCGUACUGCACAACUAGCAAGACUUCAGGUUGCCUGUGAUUUGCUUCGGAGAAUUAUCCGCAUCUUGUACCUCAGUAAGAGACUCCAAGGACAGCUGCAGGGGGGAAGUAGAGAGAUAACAAAAGCCGCUCAGAGUCUCAAUGAACUUGAAAUACGUGAUGUGUCACUUUCAUGGAAGCGGGGUGAGGAAAAUGACUUCAAUCCUAGACAGACUCUGCUCUCCUUCUUUAUCUUGCUUGAUGCCUCAGGGAUCGAUAGUGGUAUGGAGUUCAUCUUGGUGGCAGUGACAGAAAUGACGGCACUUUUUACCACUUGA